AUGCCCAACGGGAAAUACACUCUGCUCGACUACAACAUUGCGUGCCCGGCCAAAGCCUUCCGCCCUCAUUGGCGGUCCUCUAAGUGCCCCCUGUCGUCCAAAAAAAACGUCUCAGCCUUGGACCUUGUAUCAGAUCCCUCGCCGGAGGAAUGGCGGCGGUGGCCGCGCCCGCGGCCGAGGCGCAGGCGCAGGCGGAGGAGCCCUCUCCUCCCCGCCCGCCGCCCCCCCGAGAAGCGCGCCGUGCCGACGGACGCCGAGGAGGGGGAGGAGCGGCCGGAGCCGAAGCGGCGGCGCGCGCGCGUGGCCGCGCUCGAGAAGGUCCCCAGCGCGGCGGCGGCGGCGGCUGCGGCUGCCGCGGCGGCGAGCGAGGAGGAGGAGGACGACGGGUUCUCGUUCCUCGCGCGGAGCUUCUCCGGGGUGGAGACGACGCCCAAGUUCGGGUCCUUCAACCCCGCCGCCGCCCAGUUCGUGGCCUUCCACCUGGCGUCCCCGCCGCCCCUGGUCAACCCGGCGGAGGAGUCCCCGCCGGUGGCGGUGGGUGGGGAGGGGGAGGAGAAGGGCAAGGACGGCAAUUCACACUAG